AUGUCGAAGCAACCUCUGCGCACGACUUCAGGCUUGUAUAUGCCGGAGACAACAGAAAACCUUUACACUCUGGGCCUGCUCCACCGUCCUAGACAAAGACCGCAGAGAAGGCCCCAUUCAGCCGCAAAUCAAGCUCCACAGUCUGAGAAUCCUGCCUUUGAACCACCGCCUGGCACCUACCGAGACUUUGCUUCACCUCAAUCUGAGACAUCAACAGGAAUUACGGCGUAUCGUAAUUACCGUCGUCAGCCCGAUUCAGCCUCAUCGGUACGAAAGCCCACGGGCUCAGCCGCAGUGACGACAAAAAGACAAACUCUUCCGACUUCCCAUUCGCCGUCAUACGCCUAUCCAAACGCCUUCCAAACUUCGUUUAACUGGAGAGCCGGCAGGACUGUGGCAGGCAUGCUUAAUAGCGAGCGUCCUCGCACACGGCGCGAAAGAACUUUCAUUGGCAGCGAGUGUGCUGUCUGCGAAGAGCCCUUGGAGCAUACACUACGUGGCGAAAGAGUUCUACAGUUCUCUUGCGGCCAUGUAUCACAUGAGGCGUGCUUCUACGAGUAUAUCAAAGAGUUUGAUUCGCAAUACUGCCCGACAUGUAACGCGCCCCUAGGCCUGGACACGACUCGGGGUGGAAAUGUGCUGGACAUAGAAAAACUCAGCAGCAUUGUACGUUCUGUUACCCAAAGCGAUUCCAGGAGCUCUCAAAGUGCUCCCGGGCCAUGGGAUGGCCAACCGUCAAACCAGCAUUCGCGCGAUUAUCGCUCCAGCGAUCAUCGUGCGGGCUACCGCGACAGCCGGGAACAAAGCCAGCGGGAAAGCCGUGAUGAUCAGCGGGAAAGAAUUGAGCGGCUGGGUGUUGGAGGACAGGCCCACUCCAGAAACGAAAGUGGCGCUGCUACUGUCUCCACGACUGAUUUUGCCGAUGUUCACACGGAUUCCGCAAGACGUCAUGAUUAUGAUGUGCAGUCCAUGGAAACAGACCUCAGCAAUACGCGACCAACCGCGAUGAAGAACCCUAUCCCACCACCUAUUGUCACCGUGCGUAGCGAGUUCCCAACACUUAAUCGUUCUCGACAGCAACAAAGCUUGACAUGUUUAGUGACAAUCGAGAUACCCACAGGCAAGUGGCAGCCGGAUCCAGAAGAUAUCAAGACUCCUCCACCGGUCCCACCACUUCCCCAAGACGAUACAUAUAGCUCGAUCAAGUCUCCUGUCAGCGCAACUAAUCAUUCACGGGCUGUCUCAUUCGAGCCCCGCGAAUCUCUGGAAGACAUUACGGAAGAAUUGCGGACUCGAGUGGAUAACUGGCACGGCCUCGAAUUUUCACGGUUUGGCAAACUACGUCUGCACGGAACAAUCCAUGUUGGAAAGGAUCGCCAGUCGUGGCAGGAGCUGGAGUGCUACCUCUUCGCCGAGAUGCUGAUAUGUGUCAAGGAGAAAAAAGCCGCCCAAGGCCAGUUUGUGGACGACUCCUCGAAGCGGAAAACUACCAGGUGUACUCUAAAAGGGUCGAUUCUAAUCAAAAAGCACCUUAAGCAGGUGGAGUCCUCAUCAGAUGAGCCAAUCCUUACCCUAAAUCUAUUGGUCAACGACCUUCCAUCUUUCCACCUUCAAUUCCAGAACCACAAUCAGCUCGAGAUAUGGAAACGAGCAUUAUUGGAUGUCCACAACCCAGAACCGCCGAUGCGAAACCACCAAGAUUACGAGCAAGAGUACUCGGGACCUGAGGAAGACGAUUACGCGAAAGCCGCGAAGACUGGCCAGCGAGUCUCCUCGGUCAAUUCUUCGCAGGAAGUCAGCCGCUCGGUGAGGAAUGGGCCCAAUGAUUAUCCCCCUUCCGCUCGUAACGCCAAUGAGUCGCAGAUCCCACCCUUGAUCCAUGUUCCCAUCGACCUGGUUGUCGUCAUUCCCAUCUCCUCGUCUAUGCAAGGGCUCAAAAUCAGCCUUCUGCGUGACACGCUGAGGUUCCUCGUCCAGAACCUUGGCGAACGAGAUCGAAUGGGUCUUGUCACAUUCGGAUCAAGCGGUGGUGGUGUUCCGCUCGUGGGCAUGACAACCAAGGCUUGGACCGGGUGGAACAAGAUCCUGGCAUCGAUCAGGCCCGUGGGCCAAAAAAGUCUACGUGCGGAUGUGGUAGAAGGUGCCAAUGUGGCUAUGGACCUGCUGAUGCAAAGAAAAGCAGCGAAUCCUAUCUCGACAAUUCUCCUGAUCAGUGACUCGUCAACCUCAGAUGCCGAAAAUGUUGAUUUCGUGGUUCAAAGGGCUGAAGCUGCAAAGGUCACUAUUCACUCCUUUGGAUUAGGUUUAACGCACAAGCCAGACACCAUGAUCGACCUUUCUUCGCGGACCAAAGCAUCCUACCUCUACGUGAAGGACUGGAUGAUGCUGCGGGAAUGUGUUGCUGGCUGUCUUGGAUCGCUCCAAUCCAUCUCACACCAGAAUGUGAAACUCAAGCUCCGCCUACCAGAAGGAUCGCCGGCCAAGUUUGUGAAAAUCAGCGGAGCUCUUCAGAUCACCAAGCGAGCAACAGGCAAAGAUGCAGACGCAGCGUUAGGAGAUUUUCGGUUUGGCGAUAAAAGAGAUGUGCUUGUGCAAUUAGCCAUCGCGCCUGACCAAGGUUCUCAGGAGCAUCUCCCACAAGAUGCAUGGGAGACCAUUGUAUCGGGGCUCGAAGCGCUAGGUGGGCCUCUUGACUCGGACGACCAACGUACUCUUAGCGUCGAAGAGGUGCCUCUGCUCCAAGCUGAUGUCACCUAUGGUGAUAUCCUUCGAGACGGUACGCUCACCCAAUUACCACGGCCGUCACUGCUUGCUAUUACCAUGCUUCCUGGAAACCACAAAUCGAAGCAGAACGGCAGGCCAACAACGCCUCCCAUCCCACCUCAUCCUUCUAUUGUGCAGCGCCGGAUGGAGCUACUGGCCAGUGAUAUGUUGAGUCGAGCAUUGACACUUGUAUCUCGUGGUCAACACGAACGAGCUCAUCAUCUUCUCCACGAAACGCGGACUAUACUCAAGGGCCUUGCCAAAGGAGGCUUGCCGCCUAUCCCAACGUCAACCGCCAGACCUCCUAACCCUCCCAACAGCGCAAACGGAGCCUCUUCACCCCCUCACUCCUCGACGCCGGAACGACAGCCUUCACCUCACUCGGAGACCAGCACUAUCGGACCUGGUCAUGGCGUGGACGUGAGCAUCAUGGCUGCCCUGGACGGGGAUAUCGAGUCUUCUUUAGAAUGGAUCAGUCAUCCUGCCGUCUUCUCUCGUGAUUCACGAAAGGCGGUUCUUCAGUCCAUAGGUGUCAUUUCCUCUCAAAGAGGCUAUACCUUCCGAACACCUGCUGAAGCUCUCUGGGCCGAUCGCAUCCCUGGCAUUAAACGGAUGACAGAACGGGCGAAAGAUUGGCGACAAGCUGGUGAUGAUGGAGCUCUUACGGAAGAAUGA